AUGGCCGAAGCCACUGCUGCCGACGGGCAGAUGAAGGAUCUUUCCAUCUCCGAGACCAAGAAGAGCAAGAAGGACGGCAACCCUCAGAAAGCUGCGAAGAAGCCUCAGCAACAGAAGAAGAAGAUUGAGGGCUCAGCACUCAUUGGUAUCGAUGUUGCCAAGGAGACUGACCUGGGAGACUGGUACCAGCAGGUCAUUACCAAGGGCCAGAUGAUCUCAUACUACGACGUCGCCGGAUGCUACAUCCUCGAGCCCUCCUCGUACGCCAUCUGGGAGAACAUCAAGUCCUGGUUCGACGGCCAGAUCAAGACCCUCAAAGUCCGAAACGCCUACUUCCCCAUCUUCAUCAGCGCCGACAACUUGGAGCGAGAGAAGGAGCACGUUGAAGGUUUUGCCGCCGAGGUUGCGUGGGUGACCAAGGGUGGAAAGUCUGACCUGGAGAAGCCCGUCGCUGUGCGCCCUACCUCAGAGACUGCCAUGUACCCAUACUUCGCGCGCAAGAUUCAGUCGCAUCGCGAUCUGCCCCUGAAGCUGAACCAAUGGAACAACGUUGUUCGAUGGGAGUUUAAGCACCCCAUGCCCUUCAUCCGAUCGCGUGAGUUCCUAUGGCAAGAAGGCCACACCGCACAUCUUACCCAGAAGGAGGCGAGCGAUGAGGUACUACAAAUCCUGGAUUGGUACUCUGAUGUUUACCAGGACCUACUGGCCGUUCCCGUCGUGAAGGGAACGAAGACAGUAAACGAGAAGUUCCCUGGAGCCGACUACACCACAACCAUUGAGGGUUUCAUUCCCGCUACUGGACGUGGUAUUCAAGCCGCAACAUCACACGCCCUCGGCCAGCAUUUCUCAAAGAUGUUUAACAUUACAGUCGAGGACCCCACUGCGAAGGAAGCCGGCAAGUCGGAACACGUCCAUGUGUGGCAGAACUCAUGGGGUCUGACUACUCGCUCGAUCGGUGUCAUGAUUCUGACUCACGGAGACAACCGUGGUCUAGUCAUUCCUCCUAGGGUGGCUGAGAUCCAAGUUGUUGUCAUCCCCGUGGGAGUCACCGCCAAGAUGUCUGCGGAGGCUAAGGAAGAUCUCUACAGCAAGGUCAAGAAGAUAUCUGACGACCUUACCGAGGCUGGUGUUCGCGUCGAGACCGACUACCGCGAGGGCUACUCUCCUGGCUGGAAGUUCAACGACUGGGAGUUGAAGGGUAUUCCUCUACGUAUCGAGUUCGGUCCCAAGGAUGCCGAGAAGGGUGUUGUUACCACAUCUCGCCGUGACAUUGAUGACAAGGACGCUGCACGUGGCACCAUCGACGUCGGCAGCCUUGCGCAAGAGGUUCCCAAGCUACUCGAGCAGAUCCAGAAAGACAUGUUCGAAAAGGCUGACAAGGCUUACCGGGACCACCGUAUCCAACUUACCAACUGGGAUGACUUCGUCCCCACCCUGAACGGCAAGAACGUCGUUCUUGUUCCCCACUGCGAGGGCGACAAGUGUGAAGACGAGGUCAAGGCGAAGAGUGCGCGUACAGCACUCGGAGAUGGCGUUGCCGAAGACAAGCAGGCUCCUGCCAUGGGUGCAAAGAGUUUGUGCAUUCCCUUCGACCAGCCCGAGGGUAUCGAGCCCGGCAAGACCAAGUGCAUCAACCCUGAUUGCCAGACUCCUGCCAAGCAAUGGAUCUUGUUCGGACGAAGCUACUAG